AUGCCACCGCAGGGGCGCCCCGCAAAGAGGCAGCGCAUCCCCAUCACCUGCACCCAGGACUACGAGGAGAUCUGCUGCCUCGGUGCUGGUGCCUUCGGUGUCGUCUCCAAGGCGCGCCACCGCUGCACCGGCGAGACCGUCGCCAUCAAGCGCCACCAGUCCGACGACGGCUGCAACGGGGAGCUCCUACGGGAGGUGUGCUUCCUCGACGCUUGCAAUAGCCUCCCUUUCCUCGUCGGCUACGACGGCCUCACGUGCGACCGCGCCACCACGGAGCUCUGCCUCCUCAUGGAGUACGUCGGCGGCCCGACCCUCAGUGACUACCUGCGCGGCUGCCAGUGCCGCCGUGGCGGCCAGAGACCGCCGCCGCCGCUGCCAGAGGCCACAGUGCGCGCGGCGAUGUGGCAGCUGCUGACAGGGGCGCAGCGGAUGCAUGAGCGCCGCAUGGUCCAUCGGGACAUCAAGCCCACCAACAUCCUCGUCGGGGAGGACCACCGGACCAUCAAGAUCUGCGACCUCAGCCUCGCCAUGCACGCGUCCGAGCUGCCGCCGUACGCGCAGGCCAGCACGCUGCUGUACAUGGCCGCCGAGGUGACGCUGGGGAGGGCUGACUAUGAUGUGCGCGUCGACACCUGGUCGUUUGGCUGCGUCAUGGCAGGGCUCCUCAAGGGGAGGUCGCUGUUCGAGGGCAGAGACGAGGUGCUCGACACGAUGGACGGCCACUAG